CUCCAUUUUGCGCUCGAACCUUGCUUCUUCUAUGGCCGCCGCAAGACAUUACCGCUAAUAUUCUAUGUCGAGAGCUCAAGUAUUUGGAGAGUAAUUCUAUCAACAAAAUCUCUGGCACUUUUAUCACCCUCAAUUAGGAUUUUUCACAGAUGACUAAAAAAGGAGACAAUCGGCAAGCCUCUAAGCAUCAACAGAAUGCAAAUUUGAAUGAGGAAUGGUUUGCCGCACUACUUGAAGGGCAUGCAGUUUUCAGGGCAGCGUGGGAUCCUCCAAAUGGUCCUCCUUUAGUAUCGCAACGACUUCAAGAACAUGCUUCACUAAGCCCAUUGACAGAACAAUCUAUACAAGACAGUGGAGGCGGUUCGUCAUCUCAACCGAUUAAUGAUAUGCAAAUACCAGAACAUGUGGAAAAUCGGGUUGAAGAUAAUCGAAUAAAUAUCGUCCCGGGCGAUUUCUUUUCCAACCAGACUGUGAUUCAAGAGGUUCGACGCAUAAAUAAAAAGCUAUUCAACCCUGAAGCAGUUAAGUUCUUAAGCAUAACAAAUGCUCGAGAUACGUAUUGGGAACAACUUCAGCAUCGUUUUAGAUGGGCUCCUUCACAUCAUACAAAAGUGUGGAAAAAUUAUUUCCACUUAGUUGAAAGCUCAUAUCGAAAAAAAAUGAAUAGGAUCAGAAGGGACAUUAUUCAAAAAUCAAUCCCUGAUUUUUUGCCAGAUAAAGAUUAUUCUCGCCUUAUUCCUUUUUGACCAAGUAACAUAAGUGAGCAGAACUGGAAGAAUUUAUGUACAAUUUGGAACUCAGAGGAGUGGCAAAAGAAAUCAAAAGCUGAUUCCGCAAAUCAAAAAGGUAAACUACUUGAAGGUGAGGUCACAACAAGAAGUACAUUGGGCACAAAGACAAAGUCACAGAUAUUAAAAGAAUUGUCUAUUCAACUAGGUCGUCCUUGUCGUUUAGAUGAGCUGUUACAACAUAUGUGCACUAAUCCAAAAACUGGACAACCAUAUCCAACUCGACAUACUCGAAUUUUGGAAAAGUAUUGUGAAGUUAUGGUUACAAAGUUUGAGGAAGAUCGUGAAAAGUGGCCAGUGUUUGAUAAAGAUGCUUGGGUUCAAGCAUCUGGUGGGGUUCAAAAGGGAGAUCAAUGGAUAGGUGUCCCUUUGGAGUUUUCUAAUCCGGAUGCAUUUACUACAGCGACUAUGACAUCACAAGUGGAUAGUAGUGAGGUUGAGAAUCUCAAAGCAGAACUGGAGAAGAAAGAUGCAGCCUGGAAAGGAAAAAUAGAGAGUUUAGAAAAAAAAUUGGAAAAACAAAAAUGGCUCAACGAGAAGAAAGAAAACAUCAUCGCGAGGUUGAAGAAGAAAUGGAUGAUUUAAGAAACAAAAUGAGGUCAUUCAAUGCAUCAAUGUCAAAUGUUUAUCGAGGACUAAUAAAAAGAGGAAUAAUUCAAGAGAGUGAAGUGAAUACUUUCCUAGUUGCUAGUGGAUCUAAAUCUGGAAGCAAAAAGAAACUCCCUCGGCCAUCAAGAAAAGAACAGCCCCCCUUUGAACCUUUUUCAAAUGAUAGUGAGGACUCAGACAAUUCAUUAUGCUCUUCAGAUGAUAAUGAGUUGGAUCACAGAUGUAGAAGAAGAUGAAGAGUAAACGCUCUGCAAGCACACAAGUAAUGAUGACAUUGUCAUAAAUAAGAGCUUGGUACAAUGAUGUGUUUGGGUCUUGGACAUGUUGAAAAGUGAAUUUGUUUUGAGGAAGUAUGUUUGCUGCAAUUACAUUGUUUUGGAUCAUGAUGAAUGUGUUUAUUUAAUGUUAUUUCUUUGGUGUACUUAUUCGUAAAAAAAUUGAUGUUUUGUA